UCCGUUUUUUCAGGAUCCGACAUCAGAAGCAUUUACGUUUUAUCACAGAAAGAAAGAAUCAGUAUCUCCAGUGAAGACGACAAUGGAGUCUAAAAACAUUACCUUAACAACUUGCUCCAUUUUUCUUCCAUUUUUAUUCAUUUUCUGGUUCAUUCUCCAAACCUCUGAUACUUUUCAACUCAAACACAAUCAUAUUGCAUCAUCUCAACAAGGUUCCAUUGAUGGUCUUCUUGCAUCUGGUUUCAACAGAGAAUCAUGUCUAAGCCGAUAUGAAUCAUCAACAUAUCGAAAAACGCCUUCAAAUUUCAAGCCUUCUUCUCAUCUCCUAUCGCGUUUAAGAAGGUAUGAAGAUCUUCACAGGAGAUGUGGGCCUAAUACUCAUCUCUAUAACAAAACCAUUGAAUUGAUUACUGGCAGACAAUCUGAUUCAACCGGUUUAGAAUGCAAUUAUGUUGUUUGGUUACCUUUUAGUGGAUUGGGAAACAGAAUGCUAACUCUUUCAUCAGCUUUCCUCUACGCUCUUCUCACGAACAGGGUAUUGCUUGUUGAUGCCGCAAAUGAAAUGACAAAUCUUUUUUGUGAGCCUUUUUUACAAACAUCUUGGUUGCUUCCUAAUAACUUUCCAUUGUUGGAUCAAAUAACCAAGAUUGAGGAAACCCCACCACAAUAUUACGGUCAAAUGAUGAAAAAUGGAAUCAUUGGAUACUCAAACAAUUCUGUCCCAUCUUUUCUUUAUCUCAAUCUAGCUCAUGAUUAUGAUGAUCAUGACAAGUUGUUCUUUUGUGAUCAAGAUCAAGAUUUUCUUUCUAAGGUUCCUUGGUUGGUUUUGAGGAGUAACAAUUACUUUAUACCGUCUCUGUUCUUGAUCCCAUCUUUUCAGAAUGAGUUGGAGAGGUUAUUCCCUGAAAAGGAAGCAGUGUUUCAUCACUUGGGUCGGUAUCUAUUCCAUCCAACGAAUGAAGUUUGGGGAUUAAUCACUAGGUAUUACGAAGCUUACUUAGCUAAAGCAGACAAGAAAAUCGGGAUACAGAUUAGGGUUCUUGAAUCUGGAGAUGGUGAAAUUGAGCCAUACCAACAUGUAAUUGAACAGGUAUUAGCGUGCACAUGGAAAGAAGAAAUACUCCCAGAAACGAACUAUGAGAUGAAACCCGCCAUUUCCUUUCCAAAGAGGAAGAAACACAAGGCUGUACUGGUUACAUCUUUGAACUCUGGAUACUAUGAGAAGAUGAAGGAUCUGUACUGGGAAAAUCCAACGGUGAAUGGGGAGGUGAUGGAGUUUUACCAGGCGAGUCACGAAGAGUUUCAACACAGUGAAAAUCAGAAACAUAAUUCGAAGGCGUGGGCUGAAAUAUAUUUACUGAGUUUGACAGAUGAAUUGGUGACAAGUUCGUGGUCUACUUUUGGAUAUGUGGCUCAAGGACUUGGUGGAUUGAGACCGUGGAUCUUGACUAUGCCAGUGAACAAGACUGUUCCUGAACCAGCCUGUAAACGGGCCAUGUCCAUGGAACCUUGCUUUCAUGCUCCUCCACAUCCAAAAUUUAAUUGUAGAAGAAGAAGAAAAGAGGAGGGGAUCGAUGAAGAAGAAAUUGUUUCACAUGUCAGGCAAUGUGAAGAUAGGAGUUGGGGCCUCAAACUUUUUGACUAAUUUUGUUCUUGCAUUAAUUGUACAAAUAUAACUUAAAAGUAACGCCAUGAUUCUAUUCUUCAUUACUAAUUGUGUUGUGUUAUGCAUAAAUAUGCUUUUUGUUUUCUUUAUUGG